AUGUCCAGGGAGGGACAACUUGUCCAGCGGCAGUUGGAGAAGAUUUCCCGCAAGUAUCACCCUGAAGUGGUUCUCAAACGCAACGAGGUUGGCUGGUGCGAUGCUUCUGGAACCGUAGAGGAGAUUCAGGCAAAGCUUCAGAGCAAGCAGGAGGCCAUCCUUCGUAGGGAGCGUGCUUUAGCAUAUGCUGAUUCUCGCUCGCUUUGGAAGAAGGAGAAGCCUACCCAGCAACGCUCCAUGGCAUACAUUGACUGCGAGCCCGACAAGGGUGGUUGGGGGUGGAGCUGGCUGGAGCGCUGGAUGGUCGCGAGGCCGUGGGAGAAUCGUCUCAUGAUGGCGCACUAUCAGGCUGUUAACCCCAAAGCCAAACGUCAGGGAGCACUCCGUCUGUUUGAGGCUCAGUUAGUGGAGUCCAAGCCCCACCGCACUGUGGAGCUGGUGGACAUGGGCAAGUGCAAGAGCUGCGGCCGCCGUGUCCUUGUCAAGCCCUCCGUGGCACAGGCAGCCAACGCCGCAGCUGCUGCUCAGGCGUCCGCUAAUGGCACUGCGCCCUCUAAGGCAAUUCCCCACACCUGCAACAUCUGUGCCCCCACGGUUUCCUGGGCCGCCAAGGUCGGAGCCCUUCCACCCGCGACCACGACCACUGGCAGCAACCGUGGAGCAGCAGCUGCGAUGUCUCGGCUGUCGCUUGGAGCUUCGCAUGAGCCACAACCCCUUGCAGAUGCUGUGAUUGGGUCCAGGUCGCUGAGUCGAUCUGCUAACCGUUCAGCUUCGAACUCAGGGCCCCAUGCACCACUCUCCCCAUCAGCAUCGUUCAAACUCAUCGGGACAAUGGCUUCGUCGCGAAAGCCGCUGUCAUUGUUGAUCGCCGUCGUCGCGCUACUAAGCAUGCCUUUCGUCAGUCGCGCUAUAAGCAAGGUGGACAUGCUGCAGGAGCUGGUGGUUUACAGCGAGGACGACGCCUUCACGUUCGCGGAGCUCGAAGCGCAGCAGGCGGCCAACGACGAGGAGAUCAAAGCCGCCGCCAUCGCGAACGCGUUCCACCAUCUGCACGGCUCGGAGGACUUCAGCGGCGCGGAGGACGACGAUUACGUUUCCGUUUCCUCGACGCGCGAGUCGGAAUCAAAGACAAUGACGGUCACCGCAGCGCCAACCAUUCUGGACGCCGUGUCGCAAACCUUGUCGAAGCGGUUGAGAGGAUUUUUCGGCUGA